AUGUUUGCAACCGACCUCUCCGUUACUGAAGAUAUCCAUGUCCUGCUGCUUCAAAGCUCCCAUGAGCUGACUGCCACCACUGUAUACAACGAGCUGGCCCCGCCCAUCCACCCAAGCCAUGUUUUCCAACGAUUUACUCAAGUUGCUGCCGUGACCGCAGCCGUGACUGUUGCUGUGCUCCUCCUCUACGAUGGGUUUUGUGGCCUCCGGGUGAAGUACCCCAAGCGAAGCCAACGAAAGCUGUCGGACACAGAGCUGGCCUUGCUGACAGGCGCUUUCGCAAUGGAGUGGUUUCUGACCGACCAGUUCCUGCCAAGCAUUCCAGACAUCGCGGCGGAGUUCCAGGUGCAAGAAGCCAGCAUCGGUGUCACGUUGCAGAUGCACCAAGCUGCCAGUGGCAUUUCAACCUUGCUCGUGGCGCCCCUGUCCGACCGAAUUGGGCGAAGACCUGUGCUCCUUGCAGGAGUGCUUCUCCUGGUCGUGAGCACUCUCUGUGCCGGCUGUGCGGUCAGCUACCCGUGGUUUGUGUUGGGCCGCAUUCUGCAAGGUGUCUCGCAGGCCACUGCCACCGCUUCACUCGCGCUGCUCCGCGACUGCUAUGAGGACGAGACUGAACGAAUGGCGAAACUAUCCGUUUUCGCCGUGGUGGGGCUUUUCGGUCCCACACUUGCACCCAGCCUGGGAGCACUCCUUGCCUCCUGGAUGGGCUGGAGGUUCUCCUUCCUGGCAACCGUUCCUCUGCUAGUUGCCGUCCUGGCUGGGCUCGUCUUGCGGCUGGAGGAGACGGUGCCGGAGAACGCUGGCGAAUCGAUCUUCACAGCUGCAAAGCGAACUCUGUGCCACCUGCGCCGCUUCCUGAUGAUGGUUACACAAACGGUUCUGGUUGCCAUGAUCACGGUCAUUGGUGCCAGACAUGCUGUGAAUCUGGAGGAAGAGUACGGCCUGCCCCUCAUGCAAACGGCGUUGGUGAUCUCGUGCUUUUCGAUGCCCUCGAUAUUUAUGGCGAUUUUGGUGAACUGGCUGGAAUGGACGCCACGCCGUGUGUACUUCACCAUGGCUCCGCUUCUGCUGCUCACCGCCAUCGUGAAGAUCCUGGUGGGCGUGUUCUUUGCAAAGAGCCUGUUCUGCUACAUCGGUGCCUACCUGUUUUUCUCUUUGUGGCCCGUAACCGUCAUCAUUGCCAUCAGCACUGAGUUUCCCCAGGAGAUGCCCGACAUCGCAGGGGCGGCGAGCGCCUUCUUCAACGCUGGGCCCCUCAUCAUGUCUUCGCUGAUCUCGCUGCCCGGCCUGGCCUUGGCCAAGAACCACGGAGCCUCCGGGCUGAUGAUGGGUGGCGCUGUCUACCUAACACUGCUGGCGCUGGGGACGAUUCUGCUCGGCUGUACGCUGACGGGGGAGGAGGCUGAACCUGCGGAGGUGAAGGAAGACCCGAUGCUGUGCAAUGGGGUGCUGAAAAGUGAAGAGCCGGCACCCAAUGAGGUGCUGAAGAAUAUCCCAACACAAUAG